GUUUGUGAGGACUGACUUCGACAAAUAACACCACAACUAUUUUUAUGGGUGUGGCUUGUUGUUCAGGCGAAUGUUUUCAGUUCUAGGUGUAGUACAGGUUUUGCGAGAAACAACAAAUUUCACAAGAGAAAGUGAAAGGAAGCCAUCUUACUCUUUCUGUGAGACAUCUGAGGAUCAGUCGGGAUGGCAGGUUGGAUAGGCCGUCUGCCAUUUCGAAAAGCUGACAGAGCCCAAAUGUCGGAAAAUCAGGAAAGAGGGUGUGGGGCAGAUAGGGCUGAUCUCAGGCUGGUGCUCCUCGGGGGUAGGAAUUCUGGAAAGAGCUCUGCAGGAAACACCAUCCUGAGGAGAAGGCUGUUUGAAAUCAACAAAGUGAAAAGCAGAUGUACAGUUGGGACCAGGAAGGUUGCAGGUAAGGAAGUCACUGUGGUUGACACUCCAGGCUGGGACUAUUUCAUGGAUGCCAUCCCAAAGGAGAUCAAAGAUGAGACAGAGCGCAGCGUGUCCUUGUGCUCCCCAGGGCCCCACGCCUUCCUCCUGACCAUCCCUGUGGGUUCAGACGUAAUGCUGACGAGACUGGAUGAGCACAUGCGUCUGCUCGGGGAGAUGGUUUGGGGAUACACACUGGUGCUGUUCACCUGCGGGGACAGGCUGGCUGGCUCUACAAUAGAGGAGUACAUUUUCAGCAUAGGUGGUGGUUUGCAGAGGCUGUUCGGAAAAUGUGAGAACAGGUACCACGUACUCAAUAACUUAAGCAUGGGAGAAGAAACUCAGGUUACAGAGCUCCUGGAACAGGUAAGAAAAAUGAGCUCGAACUGUUCUCGAUUCUACAGAUGUGGGAUAUACUGGCAGUUUGAACCAGACAUCCAGCAAAAGCAUGCACGAGAACCAAGGCAGCAAGGAACUGAGAGAAACAAGAGAGAGGAACAGAAUUGGAGUUGCAGAAACCAAGGAGGGAAGCAGAAUCGUAUUGAGGUUGGCCAGAGAGAGGAACAGAGCCGGAACAAGAGAGACCAGAGAGGAGAACAGAACCAGAGUGAGAGAGACCAGGUACAGAAUACCAGCAACUGUGGAAAAGUGCCUAAGAGCAAAGGAACAACAGAAACCAGCCCUCCUCCUAUCUUGAACAGGUUAAGUGCAACGCUCACAGAGACUCUGCAAACAAUGUCCACGAGGGAGGACGAGAGGAGGGCAGGGAUGAGGGGAGCACAGGCAGAAAGAGAGGAACCAAAAGGACAAAUGGAGAGUGCGGAGAGGGAGAAGGAGGCACACCUAAUGCCCCCUCACAUGCCCAACAAGCUUACUUCGAGCGCACCAGCGAGGCACACACAGGUGCUGCAGCAGCUGGGAGAGAUGGCAGUGCAGCUCGGACCUUGUUCUAAACAAUGAACUCCUGCAUACGCUCUAUGGUUUGAAGUGGAGACAUGCCAGAUUGAGCUGAAAAUCCAGUCAGAGAUCGAAUAUGUCAGUUUGAAUAGAUAUGGAGCCAUUCUCGAUAUAUGGACAACAGAACCCUCAGGAUGUAAGUAUUGGAUAUACUGCAAGUGAAUACAAUGUAAAUUGGCCUACAUUACGUAUGGACAUAGAAAAUCAUAUUCUGAAUUAUUUACUUGGCACUGAAUUAUUUACUCAGGCACUGUCCUGAAAGGGGAACAAUUUUAUUUUUUUUGCAAGCUGCAAGUCUGCUGCAGAUUUCAGCACAGAAAUUUUUGUUUCCAUGACAGCCCCUGUACCUCAACCGCUCGUGCUAUGCAGUUGCUUGAACACAGAAAUUUCCUGUCCAGUUUUUAUGCAAUCAACCACCCGUAGAUUAAAUGUGAUUUUGUCUUCACUAUGGGACACUGUAGGCAGGACACAGACUACAUUCUUCCCCAUACCCUGUCUACCCCAACUUGAUCAUCCCCAUGCAACGACUCUUUCUCUCCCCCGACCUAAACUCUUUCUUGGGCUGAGCCUUGCUGAUCACCUCCUAAGUAAGCAUAAGAGAAUCAGAAGUCAGAUUCAUUCAAAUAAGCCUUAAAAUAGGCCUACCCUGUCAUGAAUCAUUAUAGUAGCCAAUGUAUUGUAUUCAAAAAAGAAAAGUAAGGAAUGUUAGGCUGGAUGUUUGGAUAGAAUCAUUAUCUGUCUAGAGGCCAUUAUUCAUGCAGUUCCAAAUUAGGUAUUUGGCUUCCGGCACACCCCUAAUAGACACAGGCCACAGAGAGCUAAAACAACAAAAAUGGUGUCACUGUCCAAAAACAUACACACUGCACUGUAAGUACAGAAACAACAAAGUAUAUUCUACUGAUAUGACGAUGCAGUAGGAACUGAAGCAUUUCUGUGGUCAAACGUGUCAUCAUAUCCUCCUGCCAUGCUGAAAUUUGAACCAGCUCAAUCAACCAACAUUUAACCAACUUGACAAUGGAAAGUGAAAAAAGCUGUCUUCCUCUUUCUGGGAGUAAGCUGAGAAUCAGUCAGUAGGAAGGGCAGGUUCAGUGAGAAGUCUGCCGUUGUGGAACACUGGCACUGUUCAAAUGUCGGAAACUCGGGAGAAAGGGUGUGGGGCAGGUAGGGCUGAUCUCAGGCUGGUGCUUCUUGGGGGAAGGAAUUCUGGAAAGAGCUCUGCAGGAAACACCAUCCUGAGGAGAAGCCUGUUUGAAAUCGACAAAAUGAAUAGCGGAUGUAGGGUGGGGCAGGAGAAGGUUGCAGGCAAGAAAGUCACUGUGGUUGACACUCCAGGCUGGGACUAUUUCACGGCCGCCAUCCCACAGGAGAUCAAACAGGAGAUGGAGCGCAGCGUGUCCUUGUGCUCCCCAGGGCCCCACGCCUUCCUCCUGACCAUCCCUGUGGGUUCAGACGUAAUACUGCCAAGACUGAAAGAGCAUAUGCAUCUACUCGGGGACAUUGUUUGGAGAUACACACUGGUGCUGUUCACCUGUGGGGACAGGCUGGCUGGCUCUACAUUAAAGGAGUACAUUGAAAGCAAAGGUGGAGUUUUGCAGAGGCUGCUCGAAAAAUGUGAGAACAGGUACCACGUACUCAAUAAUUUAAACAUGGGAGAUGAAACUCAGGUCACAGAGCUCUUGAAAAAGGUAGAGCAUAUGAGGUCAAAUCAUUAUGAAUGCUACAUACGUGAGAAAUGGCGGCAUGUUGAACCAGACGUCCAGCCAGAGCAGGAACUUCAACUGAGUCAGCAAUGGACUGAGCCAGAUGAGAGAGAGGAACAGAACUGGUGCAACAGAGACCAGGGACAGGAACAGAUCCAGAGUGACAGAGACCAGGUACAGAAUACCACCAACGGCGGGAAAGCGCCCAGGAGCAAAGGAACAACAGAAAUUAGUCCACCUCCUACCUGGGGAGAAGGAAAGAAUUCAUUGGCUACUGAUCUGAACAGUGUCAGCGUGAUCAGCUUGUUCCUUAUUGAUGUGAGUCUUACUACAUUUUCUGAGAUGACCUCUCCAUACGUUCAUAAACCAUUUUUAAAUUCAACCCCCAAUCACCCAGACAUGCUUUGCAGCAUGAGCCAACUGUUAUUGAAUGUAGGCUUUAAAUUAAUUGUAACUGUAAUGUAUGCUUCUGUUAUUACCUAUUUUACCUCUCCUACCCUGAACCCCACACUUCUUUCUCCUGGUCCCCCAGUGAACAGGUCAAGGGAGACGCUCGCAGAGGAGGGGGGGCCGAGGGAGAGUCAGCAAGAGGAGGGGGACAUCUCUGGCCCCUCUCUGGAGGCGGGGGCAUUGCAGGCGGAGUGGGACGUGGAGCAGGGCAGACCUUUGAAGGAGAGGGAGGAUGAGAGGAAGGCAGGGAUGAGGGGAGCACAGGCUGAAAGAGAGGAACCUAGAGGACGAGUGGAGAGGGAGAAGGAGGCACACCUAAUGCCCCCUCAGGUGCCAAACGUGUGUACUUCGAGCACAUCCGCGAGGUAUACACAGGUGCUGCAGCAGCUGGGAGAGAUGGCAGUGCAGCUCGGUGAGGUCACAGAGACGCUCAGACUGAUGUAUGAGGAGCAGGCCAGGGAGGAGGCAGAGAGACACAGAGACGCCGCGCCGCAGAUCAACGCUUAUAGAGUGCAGUCUGCUGCAGCUGCAGCUGCACAGGAGCUCACCGCAGCUCUGACAGAGAGAGACCAGGAGAGAGACAAACUGCAGGCAGAGAUAGUGAGACUGAGAGAGAGCACCGAGGAGAAGGACAGAGAGAUGGAGAGACUGAGAGAGAGCUGUGUGCAGAAAGAUGCAGAAAUAGAGAGGCUUAAGGAGGAAGUAGCAGAGGUGAGACGGCGGUUUGAGGAAACUUCCAGAGAGGUGGAGAAGAACAAACGAGUCCUUCAGCAGCUCCAGGCGCUGGUGGCUCUGGUAAACGCACCUGCUGAGAGAGAGUGAAACCAGGCAGGAUUGUGGGUGGGGAAGCUCCUUCAAGCAAAAAAAUAUAAUAGCAUUUCUACUCACAGUAUAUGGAGAUACGGUAUAUUGGCAUUCUUAACUUUUAACAGGCCUUCCUGAAAAUAUUUUCAGCCUUUUCCCGAUACAGUUUACUGUUCCAAUGUUAUCAAGACAUAAUACUGGUGUGUUUGUGAAAUAAUAAAUUGUAAUUAAUUUGUAAUUUGUAAUAAAUUGUAAUUCACAGCAUUGAUUUUACUUUGUUACUAAUCUGUUAUACAUCUGUUAUUACAAAUAAAGGCCCUUUUAAACUUAUUAUUCCUACAUUUUCUUAGGUAGUCCUUUAAUCCUGCAUUCUUCUGAAAAGUACUUCAGAAUCAAAAGCAAAAGAAAAACAAACUACAUGAAUUAAUACGUUAAUUAAUUCUUAAUUAAUCCCAAGAUUGCCUAAUAUAAAUACACUGUAAAUGUAAACCUGCAGCCUUCCUUGAGAUGUUCUGUGCAAAAAACUGGAAUCAUAUUUGUUGCUGUGUGAUUGUGGGCCUCUUAUUAAUACUUAAUAAAAUGUAAUUAUUAAAUAAAUAGCAUAAACGAUACACAA